GACGAAGACACCUACACCGCCGAAGCCUCUGCUGUCGCAUGUUCAAAGGAACAGUUCUUUUCCAGUCUCAAAUACAGCAAGCAGCGAGCGAUGCCUUCUCGCCUCGGUCAGGCCGAUGACGUCGUAGUUGAUCUUCCUAGCUUGCAUCAUCAUAUCUUCUCUACACGCUUCCGAUGCAAGCGUCCGGAUCUCUCAGAAGGCUCUGAAAGAUUUCCCGUUCGAGUCGUGAAUAAUGUCGACUCGGCAACAAUUGCUGAGUUUACCUACACUUCGCGAAUAGUAGAUCGUAGCGGAGUGUUAGCAGCAAGACGGAGUACCAUAGAAACGUUCUGCUGUUGUAAUGAUCUAUGUUCAUUGGAAUGUGAAUGCAAUAGUGGAGUCUAUGAUGAACAUGGUCUUGUUGACGAUAUUUCAUUGGAAUGGCCAUUUAUGGAGUGCAAUGCUGCAUGUGCAUGUACUUUACAAUGUGGAAAUCGUGUAGCACAAAAAGGCGCCACGGUUCCCAUAGAGGUUUUUCGCACAUGUGAUGGGCGAGGUUGGGCAGUGCGAGCGCUUCGAAAUAUUCGGCGUGGAACGUUCAUUGGUGAAUAUACGGGGGAAAUAUUGAGUGACGACGAGGCAGCACGUCCUGAACGCAGCGAUACUUAUUUCUUUGAAACCAGAGUGGACUUACAUAUCGUUGACGGACGUCUGUAUGGCAAUUUUACGCGCUUCAUAAAUCAUAGUUGCCGACCAAACGCUAGGGUGGGCAUGGUUGUAUGGGAAGCUCAGCCGGAGCAGCUUAGUCAUAUCUGUAUAUUCGCCAGUGAGAAUAUUCUAAAGGGAACGGAGAUAACGAUAUCAUAUGGAAAAUCAUGGUGGGACGCCAAGCUCCGUCAAUUAUCCUGUCGAUGCGGUCACGCAGACUGCGAAUAUAGGAUGGAUUGA